AUGUCAUUUGUUGGGAAUAGAAGGCAUAUAAGGAAUAAUGCCAAUGAUAUGGAGUCUAGAAGGGUAUAUAGUGAUACUCCUUCAGUAAGUGCGGCAGCGGCAGCGGCAGCAGCAAUAUCAGCACAUUCUCAACCUGCGUCAAGAAAUAAUAAUUUACGUUUAUCUUCAAUGAAUUAUAACAGAACAAAUACGUUGGUUUCUACUCCUAGAAGGGUUGUUUCAAAUGCAGAGACGACUCGUUAUGGUAGUUUGAACAGUUCGAGUCAUCGUUUUACGAAUGGGAGAAGCUCUAUGAAUAGAUCAGCAACAAUGGCAAAUAUGUCAUACAAUAUAGACAGCAAUAAAAAUUCUAGAGUUCAUUCAAUUACAGCCAAUGAAGUAUUUAAGGAGUUUGGCGGGCCAAAGACUCCCGGUGUUAUACACAACACAAGAGAUUUAUCUCGAACGAAUAGGUUAAAUGGUACUCAAUCUUUUAGAAACUCAUCGUCAAUAACUUCUAAUAAUAAGGUUAGGUACGUACCUGGGGCACAUGGUUUAGUUCCAUUGAAUGUUCAAACAUCUCCGAGACCAAAAAAGAAAGUGCCUAGUAUUAAUAUUGAUACCAAAAGAUACCAAUUAUCAGCUCCUACCUCACCGACAGUAAUUGAUAGAAAACUGUCUUUACAAGUUAGGGAGAACACCCACAAUAAAAAGUCAAUACAAAUGAGAAAUACCAACAAUAUUAAAAACAAAAGCAUAGUAGAUACUAAUGAUGGAGAUAAGAACACAAUUCCAACUAAUAAAUCAAAAACAACUUUGUUAAAUACUAAGAUAGAUGUAGGGGAAGAUUUAGUUGGAGAUACAUUUAGAAAGAUGAUAGAUGAUUUUAGAAUCGACAAUAGCUAUGAUAAUGAUGAUAAUGAAAAAGAUGUAACUAGUAGUAGAGAUGGUUUUAAAGAUGAAGCAAGGACCAAAUCUAGUGAAGUUCAAAAAGAUGAAGGAACUAUUGCUGUACCAGAGGUGAAGCCAACUGAAGCUGAGACACAUUUGAAAGUGGGCGUUGAUGGUCAUAUAUCACCAACGUCACCCACGGAUAGUGUAAUGUCGAGUGAUUACCAUGAUGCACCUGAUCAUUCUGAUCUUCUAGUGAUAAACAGUAUAGCGGAAACUAAUACUGCUAAUGAGACCUCAAAGCUUCAGUCAACAGAUUCAUCAGAUAACAAUCCAAUUGUCCUUGAAACUAACAAGCCACAAGAAACAAGUAAAAACUUUCAAAACCAGGACAAAUCUACUGCUCCAAUCUUCAGCAAUAAAGUUACUAAAUUUCCUGGUAUAUCUGAUGAGCUGCCACCGUCAAAUGCAUUUGAAGAACUGGAUGAGAUGCAAGAUUUGUUAACAGAAGCCAUAAUGAAUGAACGUGAUUUAGUUAAAGAUGAUCAAUUAUUAGCAUCAGAAAAUAUAGAUAUAACUAUGUCCAGCAUCAAUACAGGCCAGCUCCAGUUAUCAAGAUCUUUGAGCAAGUCAUCAAAUCUAUCUGAGGUCUCUGACACCAUUAAGAGUAACCCUAAUACCCCUAUGAAAACUACUUUACGCUCACCAAAUGAAUCAAUAUCGGUUUCUCCGCUUACUAAAGACACUUUCAAAUCCGAGGAUUCGAUAUCUCCUGAACUUUUAAAUUUAGACUCAACAAUUAAUCAACAUUAUACUUUUGAUACUUCACAGAACAAGAAAAGUACAGUUGCUAGGUUUUCAGCUAGGAACAAACCCAUUUUAAACUACAAGGCCAAUAAUUCUAUUUCUGUUGACGAAAUCAAUGAUUUCGACGCUCCUGGUGAAGAGUUAACUCUUGACAAGAAACACUCAAUUAGUUCUAGGUCAGCUCAAGAUCUUCGCCAGAUUAAAAACAAGCCCUCUCCAUUACCAAUAGCUAAACAGUUAGUCCCGCCAGCAAGGUCCAAUCGUAGACCCACAGGAAGAAAGAUUGGUGUCGAAAAUAGAGAGGGUUCUAAUAAUACAACCAAAGAAGUUAGAGGGAUUCAAAAAUCUCCUUCAAAAAUGAGAGAAGUUCAACCUGAGUCUGGAAGGUCAAGCUUCGAAAAGGCUCGUAAGCAAGAAAGCAACUUAGGUUUCAAAAGAAAGUCCUUAAGAACUGGUGUCACUAGUCAAAGGCUCAACGGCUCAAAUAAUUCUUCAAAUAUGAAUAGUCCUGUUUUGAAGAAUUCAGGAUUCAGUACUCCGACUUUUAGAAGUCCAGAUUCUGGUGAACGUUGGGAAUCUAGAUUUGCAGAUUCUGAUGAUGAAACUGAGAAUAUCAUGUUCAGUGGAAACGCCCACAGCGAUAAUACUAUCCAAAGCAUUGUAGAAAGCAGAUAUAAUUCCAAUGGAUAUUACAACUGCAACCAAAAAGGAUAG